AUGGAGGCCGUCUUUCCUCCACCACCUGCUACAACUUCUAACACGAAGUCUCUCCCCAAGUCCAAGCCACCCCGCCAAGACGACGAUCUACGUACUUUCAUCACAAUGUCGAAAAUCCAGGAAAUCCGGGUCUGCACCAACCGGAGUUGCCGGAGACAAGGAUCCAUGCAGACCCUUGAGUCUAUCUCUAUCACAGCUCUCGCUCCGCCCACCGUUGCCGUCAAGUCCUGCGGCUGUUUGAGCCGCUGCGCUUUGCUCGGUCACUGCGGCACAACUGCUCGAGCCCGCGAGGUCCUCGUUGCCCUCUGCGGCGCUGGAGAUUGGGAUUCUGGCGCUGCUGACAAGAACUUGAAAGCGCUUGCGUUGAGGAAUAAAGCCGAGAUCGAGCUACUCAACAACAAUUUCUCUCAUGCCGAGCUAGUCCAUAUAUAA